AUGAACAUUGAUGAAUCGGACCCUCAACACGAAGAGGUAUGGGACGACUCCCUCCUCAUUGACUCCUGGAAUCAGGCUCUGCAGGAGUACAAGAAGUACCAUAGCAUACACGCGAAAGGCGGCAGCAUUCGAGAUUUAGAACAAGCCGAGGCUGCUUCAUCCAAAGCAGAUGAAGCUCUCAAAACAGAAGAAUCGGCCAAUGAGCUGUCAGUUCAGACACAAAAAGAGCACGAGGAACCGCCCAGCAAAGAUGAUGCAGUAGAAAAUACCGAAGAGCACAGCAAGCAGCCUGGUCACAGUUCCAACUCCAUACCCUCCGCCUUCCCGUCUCAGGCAAUACUCGGGACAGUGCGCGAUGAUAACCUGAAGAAGCUUCUCAUGUCCUGGUACUACGCCGGCUACUACACCGGGCUGUUUGAGGGACAGCAGCAAGCACAGCAGCAGCAACAGCCCGGAUCUCAGUGA